AUGCCUGUCGCUGGCUCAUCGCGUCGUACAAACAAUGCCCGUAGAAGAGACCUUUCUGACGGCAUCGAGGAAGAGGACUCGCGUCGACCUGAACGGGAGGACGUAGACGACGGCGAGGACAGCGACGACGAUCAGCCACGGCGUCGCGCUAAAGCGGUGAAGAAGGAGAAAAAGCCAAAUAUUCAUGUAGAAGAUGAUAAGGAAGAGGACGAUGGGGAAGAACAAUUCGAGGAUCCGUUGAAGAACUUCAGCGACCAGCCACUGGGAAAGGCACAAGCUGUCAAGCUCGUUGGGAUGGCCAGCGACUGGUCUAUGACGCGGCAAGCUGUCCGUGGUGGCACAAUUAAUCUCAUCACGGAUGUGGCCAGUUCCGUGGCUGAAUUUGGGGAAGGUGAAAAGAGCCAGAAGGUCCUGUCGGAUCUCGACACUACAAUGAGAGAGCUUAUUGAUGCAGACAGUGAAUUAACUGCUCAGGAGAUUGUGCUGAAUGAGAUCAAUCAGAAAGUGAAUCUGAAGGAAGACAUUACUGAUGUAGUUGAACGCUACGAGCGAGAGAUGAAAAACAAGCUCAAUGCCUACAAGAAUAAGACCACACGACAGAAGUACGCAAAGAACGACGACUACGUCAAGUUCAAAUCGUCGAUCUAUGAAGUGCAAAAUCCGGACACGGCGAUGCCACCGCUCACAGACAUGAUUCCUCGAGAGGACGGUGACGAUAGUGACGAUGAUGACGAUGUGCAAGUCGGCGGUAUAACGCAGGACUACAGAUGUCCGUUGACGCUGACGAUCCUUGUCAAUCCUCUGACCUCUAUGGUCUGCCAUCACUCGUUCUCUGCAGAUGCCAUUCAAGAAUUCCUGGGUCCGAGCCACACAACGACGAAGAAGUGCCCCGCUUCGGGAUGCAACAAGUAUAUUUGCCUGAAUGACUUGAAAGAUGACAAGGAGCUUGCAAAGAAGGCGAAGGAUGCGGCGAGGCGAGAGAGAAUGAGGGAGGACGAUAGUGACGAGGAAGACGUUGUGGAGUAA